AUGGCUGGAGGAAAGAUUCCAAUUGUAGGUAUCGUGGCAUGCCUACAGCCCGACAUGGGCAUAGGGUUCCAGGGAGGCCUACCAUGGAGGCUGUCCAAGGAAAUGAAGUUUUUUAGACAGGUCACUUCAUCGACCAAGGAUGCAAACAAAAAAAACGCCGUGGUGAUGGGAAGGAAAACAUGGGAAUCCAUACCACCCAAGUUUCGCCCACUGCCGAAUAGAAUGAACGUCGUCAUCUCGAGAAGCUUUAAAGAUGGUUUUGUCCACGACGAAGAGGAAUCAAUAAUCAAAAGCAACUCAUUAGCAAAUGCCUUGACCAAUCUACAGAACAAGUUCCAAGAAUCCCUAGAAAAAAUAUAUGUGAUCGGUGGUGGCGAAGUCUACAAUCAAAUCUUCCCCAUUACAGAUCAUUGGCUCAUCACAAAAAUACAUUCAUUGGACAAUGAAGCGGCUCCUGCCAUGGAUACUUUCCUUGAUGCGAAGAGAUUAAAGGAAGCGUUCAGCGAGCAAGAUCCGGCCCAAUUAAAAGAAUUUCUCCCACCGAAAGUUGACUUGCCCGAAACAGACUCUGAUCAGCGCUACUCACAAGAGGAGAAGGGUUAUCAUUUCGAGUUCACCCUGUACAAUCGUAGAUGA